GCUAGCUUCACAGCUAGUUAGCUACUUGUAGGAGCAGCGUAUAUACAGGAGUCGACUAACGUUACCUAACCAUCAAUUAGCUAACGUUUUCUCACUCUGGUGACUGUUUGCAGCGGCCAUGGACGAAGAAACCCACCCCAAAACCCUGUAUGUGGGAAACCUCUCCAGGGAUGUCACGGAAAUUUUGAUUCUGCAACUCUUCACCCAGAUAGGGCCUUGUAAAAGUUGUAAAAUGAUCACAGAGCACACAAGCAACGACCCCUACUGCUUCGUGGAGUUCUUUGAGCACAGAGACGCUGCUGCAGCCCUUGCAGCCAUGAAUGGGAGGAAGAUAUUGGGAAAGGAGGUCAAAGUAAAUUGGGCCACCACUCCAAGCAGCCAGAAGAAAGACACAUCCAAUCACUUCCAUGUUUUUGUGGGUGAUUUGAGCCCUGAGAUUACCACUGAGGAUGUCAAGGCUGCAUUUGCACCUUUUGGGAAAAUCUCGGAUGCCCGUGUUGUGAAGGACAUGACGACAGGCAAAUCAAAGGGGUAUGGAUUUGUGUCCUUCUACAACAAACUGGAUGCAGAGAAUGCCAUUGUUAACAUGGGGGGACAGUGGCUUGGAGGACGCCAAAUCAGGACCAACUGGGCUACGCGAAAGCCACCAGCUCCAAAGAGCGCUCAGGACAACGGCUCAAAGCUGCUGAGGUUUGACGAUGUAGUGACUCAGUCCAGUCCACAGAACUGUACUGUGUACUGUGGAGGGAUCCAGUCAGGACUAUCUGAACAUUUGAUGCGACAGACCUUCUCACCGUUUGGUCAGAUAAUGGAAAUUAGAGUUUUCCCAGAGAAAGGAUACUCUUUCAUCAGGUUUUCCUCCCAUGACAGUGCUGCUCAUGCCAUUGUUUCAGUAAAUGGCACAGCUAUUGAAGGACACAUGGUGAAGUGCUACUGGGGCAAAGAAUCUCCUGACAUGGCUAAAAAUCCACAGCAGGUUGAAUAUGGUCAGUGGGGGCAGUGGAAUCAGCUCUAUGGGAAUCCUCAACAGCAGUAUGGACAGCAGCAGCAGCAGCAGCAACAACAACAGCAGCAGCAGCAGCAGCAGCAGCAGCAACAACAACAGCAGCAGCAGUAUGUGACCAAUGGGUGGCAAGUUCCCUCCUACAGCAUGUACGGCCAGACAUGGAACCAGCAAGGAUUUGGAGUAGAGCAGUCCCAGUCACCAGCCUGGGUGGGAAGUUUUGGAUCCCCGUCAGCUCAGGCUGCAGCCCCGCCUGGUUCAGUCAUGUCUAACCUGGCCAACUUCAGCAUGGCUGGCUACCAAACACAGUGAGCUGGCCAUAACCUAAGUCUAUUACCAAGAGGAGUUUGUCAACCCUUUUAGACUACACAGCACUCUUUCAUCUGCACAGCUGCUGUGGUAAAAGAAGGACGGGGGCCAUAUUCACAAAGCCUUUGUAGCUAAUAGUUGCUCCGAAACAGUAAUUUUUUAAAUGAUAGUGUUCAUUUCACUCAGAACUUUUAAAAAGUUUAUUUGAUGAUAAUUCAUAGUUUUGUUAUAGAAAAGUGCUCUUGGGCUUCUGAAGUAAAGCCAAACCAACUGUCUUUGUCAAAGUAGAUGUUACCAGCUUUUUGAAUGUUUGACCCUCUGGAAACUUUUCGCAGCAUGUGAUGAGAGGAUUUGCAGUGAUAGCAUUAGUCACUAGAAAGCAAUCUACCAAACAAAGAGAGCAUUUAAUACCAUUCCUCUCAUCACACAUUGAGUAAGUUGACCAAAGGGUCAAAACCUGUGUAGUUCCCCUCUCAAAUUCAAAGUUGGAGCAAAAACAUCAAGUGUGAAAAUGAACGUACAUAGAACCAGAACGAUUGAGUCCUUUCAGUGGAGCUAAAAGCACACGUACUACAAGCCAUCGUAUAUCUCCAGCAUCUCACUGGAGUAUGACAAUGAUUCAAGUCCUUUUAAACCUCAAACUUUAUAAAAAUUAAUAUUGAAUUAUUAAACUAUAGCAAUAUCUGCUCUCAGUUUGCCAAUAUGUUUAUAAUGUUUCAACAUAUUCUAGGGAAAAAUUGUUUGUUACUGACUUGUCAAAAUGUUUAUUUCCUUGUCAUACUUGGGACAUUUUUUCUGUCAUUUUAUACAAUAGAUGACAAAACUUCAAGUCUUCAAGUAUUGAUUAAAUUAAUUUUUGUAAUAUAUGCCUGUUUUUAAAAUGGCACACAAAGAUGACGGAGAUGUUGUACAGAUCAAGAGGAUUUGGUGGGUCACAAUGAAUUUGUGUUUAAAAACUGCACUGAGCCACAAAAACCUAUUAACCGUUGGUCUGUGCUUAGCUUCAGCCAAUCGCUACAAAUUCAGUCUCAUUUUGAUAUAUUAAUAAAAAUGCUUUGUGAAUAGAGGCCCUGCGGCGCUAGUUUACCUUUCCAGUACAUGUGAAGAAACUCAUCUUAUUUGUAUAAACAACUGUGGCUUUAAUAGACAUUUAAGCACGUGUUGGUAACUCUUGGGUAAAUUAUGUACAAAGAAAAUUUUACCUUCACAGCUCUAAAAAGCAAAAAAAAUUAGAUUUUUUUUUUUUUUUUUUAAUAUUGGAGUGAUCAGCAUGUUCUUUGCAGACUUUUGAUGGAUUUUAGUUUAGUUGACCUUUGUGUAGCCUAGAUUGGACUAAUUUAUAAUCCUGUGUCUCAUGGCAAAGGAAGUGCUACAUGAUAUGCUCACUGUAUAAAUAAAAUGUUGUAAAAAAAGAUCUUAAUAACCCCCAAACUUUGUAAACAUAGUUUGACUCUGUAUGCUGAUUCUGGGCUGGUUUCCUAGAGGAAUAUUGAAUCUUAAAUAUUUCCUUCCUUUUGUACGACAGAGUAUUAGGACCACCUGAGGGGAAAAAAAACGUUUUUCCGCGACGAGAUUAAACGUGACAUGACGACUUUAAAGCCAGCACUUCGACAUUAAACUUGAAAUGUCAACAAUAAAGUUGGAAUGUCAUGUCGACUUUAUUCUUGACAUGUUGACUUUAUUCUCGACAUGUCGACUUUAUUCUCGACAUGUCGACUUUAUUCUCGACAUGUCGACUUUAUUCUCGACAACUAGGAGAGAGCGCGAAUGCUCCUCAGAUGCUGAUUCCGGACAAUCAGCCUCAGAUGCAAUCAGUUGGCCCACGAAAAUGCCUUGUGUAGAUGAAUUGGUAAAACGGUACUUCAGAACCGGUUUUAGCAACAAAGAAUUUCUCGCUCUUUUAGCGCAGAAACACAAUGUUAUCAUAAGAGUGAGAAUGUCGAAAAGGCUGUGCCAAAAACAGUCUUUUCAGAAGGAUAAACCUUACAAAUUUGGAAGAAAUGGUUGCAUUCUUGCAAACUGAAAUUGCUAGAACCGGGCAGAUGCAAGGAUAUCUAUGGUUACACCUGCGUGCAGUACAUAGGGUUUAUAUUGUCGAGAAUAAAGUCAACAUGACAUGCCAACUUUAUUGUCGAAAUUUCGACUUUAAUCUCCACAUGUCGACACGCUGAGAUUAAAGUCGGCAUGAUAUUUCAACUUUAUUCUCUACAUUUUUUCUCUACAUUUCGAGUUUAAUGUCGAAGUGCUGAUUUUAAAGUUGUCAUGUCGAGUUUAA